GUUUUUUCGGAAAGCCAGGCCUAAUUGGGAAGCUACGGGUGACGAGCGGAAGGCACCUGCUCCCCAGAGGCUCCGAGUUCAAGUUCCGCCGUGGACUCCGCGUCCUAGCGGCGCCAUCUGGUUCUCGCCAGCUCGCGCGGAGGCGACCGGAGCCCCGGGGAAGGCAGGCUGCUGCGGAGCCGCUGGCACGCGUUAGCACUGCGCUCCGCUGUGCGGUCUGCCUUGCGGUCACUUGUUAUUUAUUCAUAUUAAUGCGUGAGCUUGUGGAAGGGCAGUCAAAAGUUUUAAACAUUUGGGAGUCUCAGGUUUUUUUGGGAUUUCAUAUUCCUGACUGAUCAUAAUCUCACAAAUAAAAAUGUCUCUACAAGUAGUUCUCCCAUUGUAUUCGUAAGAUUCCCGCGUAGAUGCAUGAGACUCGAAUCCUAUAUAUAGUUAAUUUGUUUCCGAAUGCAUACCGACGGUGUUUAAUUUCUGAGGCAUAAGAGCCGUGAAAAUAAGCCAGAACAGUGAUAAGUGUAUUAUAAAUGAUUUAAAAAUCAAUUUCUGGAAAUUGCCAUUUGAAGUAUUUUUGACUAGUUGACUGCACGUGGGAAAAGGAAAUAGGAUAAAAGACGGGAAGGAGUAUAGUGGGUUUUGACUUUUUUCAGGCAAAGCUAUGGAUAACGAUAAAAAUAAUGUAAACGCGCACUUGCAUAAACUGAAUGGCCGAGUUCGUAACUGAAAUCAUUUGCAUAUCUCACAAUGAAAGACAGAACACCACAGAUCUUAACUAGGGCUAUCGACACAUUGCAUCGACAUAAAAGUGAAUUUUUUGAGAAACACGGAGAGGAAGGUGUGGAAGCUGAAAAGAAAGCUAUCUCUCUUCUUUCUAAAUUACGGAAUGAACUGCAGACAGAUAAGCCAGUUGUCCCCCUGGUUGAGGAUUGUGCUGAUACCGACCUUUGGAAUCAGCAUCUACAGUAUCAGCGCAGUCUUUUAAAUGAAAGCGAUGGACAGCCAAGUUGGUUCCGCUCACCGUGGUUGUUUGUGGAAUGCUACAUGUAUCGUAGGCUUCAUGAAGCAGUUAUCCAGAGUCCACCAAUCAAUGACUUUGAUGUAUUUAAAGAAUCCAAAGACCAAAAUUUCUUUGAGUCACAGGAAUCUAUCAUUGCGUUAUGCACUCACUUGCAAGAGUUGCUAAGAACUAUUGAAGACCUAGAUGAAAAUCAGCUGAAAAAUGAGUUUUUUAAACUUCUGCAGGUUUCACUCUGGGGAAAUAAAUGUGAUCUGUCUUUAUCAGGUGGAGAAAGUAGUUCUCAGAAGACCAGUGUGAUGGAUUCUUUGGAAGAUCUAAAACCUUUCAUUUUAGUGAAUGACAUGGAACAUCUUUGGUCGUUGCUUAGUAAAUGCAAGAAAACAAGGGAAGAAGCCUCCGUAGAUAGAGUGUAUAUUAUUCUGGAUAAUUCUGGGUUUGAACUUGUUACAGAUUUAGUAUUAGCUGACUUCUUACUGUCCUCUAAAUUGGCAACUGAAAUUCAUUUUUAUGGGAAAACUAUUCCGUGGUUUGUUUCAGAUACUACUAUUCGUGACUUUAAUUGGGUAAUUGAGCAGAUGAAACAGUGUAAUCAUAAGUGGAUGUCCAAGUGUGGAGUUGGCUGGGAAAACUACAUAAAAGUGGGUCGGUGGGUUUACCGUGAUCACAUAUUUUGGACUCUGCCUCAUGACUACAGUGCAAUGUCCCAAGUUGCCCCUGAUUUAUAUGCUGAGCUACAAAAGGCAUGUUUAAUUUUAUUCAAGGGUGAUUUGAAUUACAGGAAGUUGACAGGGGACAGAAAGUGGGACUUCACUGUUCCGUUCCAUCAGGCUCUGCGUGGCUUCCAUCCUGCACCUCUGUGCAGCAUAAGAACAUUGAAAGCUGAGGUUCAGGUGGGCCUGCAGCCUGGGCGAGGGGAGCAGCUCACGGCUUUGGAGCCCAACUGGCUGACCACUGGAAAGUACGGCAUAUUUCAGUUUGAUGGCCCACUCUGACUUGGCUUCAGAAACCUCAGUAGUGAGAAGGAUUUGAGAAGCGCUUUUUCCCCAGAUAAGCAGUGUGUGGACUGAGUCUGAACUACACUGCUUUGGGUCUGAAAAGCUUAGCUUCUCCUGGCUCAUUUGCAUACACUCUAGGUGGCCUUUCCUCAGAACUUUUUGUCCCACUACAAUGUUUUGGAAAGAGAUACUGUUUAAGUUAUUAUGGAUGUUUACACUUAGGUUAGCAUUUUAGUAUCUAUCCCACGUUAAAUACAUAAUUUCAAAGGUUUCGAUGAACUUAUUUUUAAUUGGCAAGAAAGCAAACUAAGUGAAUUCAGCUUUUUAAGUUAGUUAAUGCUGUUUUUUUAAAUAGUACACUGCAUGGUAUUUAAUAUGCUAGGAAGCAUGGAAUUUUAUCUAACUUCAUUUCAGGCUCUUGAAAUAAUGGCUUAGUGAAAAUAUGCAUUUUAUUGCCUCUAAAAGACAUGCAUUCUUGUUUUUGUUUUUUAUCUUUUUGAGACAGUGUCUCACUAUGCCAUUCAGGCUGGCCUACAGCUCAUUUUGUAGUUCAGUCUGGCGUCGAACUCGUAGCAAUCCUCCUGCCUCAGCCUGCCUAGUGCCAGGAUUACAGGCGCGUGCCACCAUGACCGGCAAGAGACGCAUUCUUAUAAAUGUGAUGCUUGAAUACAUAAAAGGAAAAGUUACCUCAUAAGUCAAUUAUAACUUCUGUUGUGUGUGAUUUUGGCACAACAGACUUUUAUUUAUAUGCAUUUGUAUUUUGGUUGGCCUAUAAAAUGGAUAUUGAGAAACAGAAAAUUGAACACAGUGAAACAAACAAUAUUUAAAAAAUAUAGCAUCUUUUGCAUUGUUUAUGAUAUCCAUAAUCAAAUGAAAUUAUAAUUUUACCACAUAAGUGGUUUAAAUGAACAGAUUUUUAGUUUGCAGUUUUAGAAAAAUGCUUUCUGUAGAAAAGAUUCCUAUGCGUUGCAUUGGGUACCACUGUUCUUUUUUUAUGUUACGUGCUGUAUGGGCCGUCAUCACAAAUACUAACUACAAACUGGUUGGUUUUGGAAAUGACAUCUGUAAUAAACCUGGAAAUGUUUUCUUGCACUGGAAUAAUAAAAUGUGCCAAAAAAUC